GCAGGAGCAGCCUAAACCCUAAUUUAAACCUCAAUCUCUGGGUGUUAACUUUCCAAAGAUGUAUUCUUUACACAGAGCUUCAAAAACCCUUAAAUCACACAGAAUUCAAUUCGAUCUUUUAUCUUGUAAUUAUAAAUCCAGAAGAUUAGAUUCGGCUCCGUAUUUGCAUCCAAUUUUGGGCUGUACUCAAUUUGCGUUUUUCGCGUCGCAUUUCAAGGAAGACCCUACCAUAGACCUCAGUCAAUUCCCUUCCGACAAAAUCCGCAACUUUUCGAUUAUCGCGCAUGUCGACCACGGCAAAUCAACCCUCGCCGACCGGCUUUUGGAGCUCACCGGAACUAUUAGGAAAGUUCAUGGGCAAUCCCAGUAUUUGGAUAAACUGCAGGUAGAGAAAGAGCGAGGAAUAACUGUGAAGGCCCAGACAGCAACGAUGUUUCAUCGGCACAAUUACCUCGGUGCUGAAUCAAAUUUCUUACUGAACCUAAUCGACACGCCUGGACACGUAGACUUUAACUACGAGGUGUCGAGAUCUUUAGCAGCUUGCCAAGGUGUCCUCCUUGUUGUCGACGCAGCUCAAGGUGUGCAGGCACAAACCGUUGCCAAUUUCUACCUAGCUUUCGAAGCAAACCUGACGAUAAUUCCCGUCAUUAACAAAAUCGAUCAGCCAACAGCCGACCCAAACCGGGUCAAAGAACAGCUGAAAUCCAUUUUCGAUCUCGAUCCAAACGAAGCUCUGCUGACAUCAGCCAAGACAGGUCUAGGCCUCGAGCACGUUCUUCCUGCAGUGAUAGAGCGAAUACCUCACCCUCCUGGGGAUUAUAGCGCACCUCUGCGCAUGCUUUUGCUGGAUUCUUACUAUGACGAAUACAGGGGAGUUAUAUGCCACGUGGCAAUUGUUGAUGGGACUUUGCGGAAGGGUGAAAAGAUUUCGUCUGUUGCAACUGGACAAUCUUAUGAAGUUUUCGAUGUUGGAAUAAUGCACCCUGAGUUAACUCAGACGGGAGUUCUUUUAACAGGGCAAGUGGGGUAUGUUGUUAGUGGCAUGAGGUCGACUAAAGAGGCACGUAUUGGAGAUACCCUUCAUCAUACUCGAACCACUAUACAGCCACUUCCAGGUUUCAAGCCGGUGAAACAUAUGGUGUUUUCGGGUGUGUACCCAGCGGAUGGAUCCGAUUUUGAAGCACUCAGUAAUGCAAUUGAAAGACUCACUUGUAACGAUGCUAGUGUAUCUGUUACGAAAGAAAGCAGCACAGCACUUGGCUUGGGAUUCAGAUGCGGUUUCUUGGGCUUGCUCCAUAUGGAUGUUUUCCACCAACGCCUCGAACAAGAACAUGGAGUUCAUGUGAUUUCUACUGUUCCGACAGUGCCUUAUAUUUUUGAGUACGCAGAUGAGACCAAAGUACAUAUUCAAAAUCCUGCCAUGCUUCCUUCGAAUCCUAAACAGCGAAUAUCAGCUUGUUGGGAACCUACUGUAAUAGCCACUAUUAUACUUCCUAGUGAAUAUGUGGGCGCCAUUAUUACCCUUUGUUCUGAAAGACGAGGCGAACAGUUGGAGUACUCGUUUAUCGACAGUCAAAGAGCGCUGAUGAAAUACCGAUUACCGUUGAGGGAAGUUGUUGUCGACUUUUACAAUGAAUUGAAGAGCAUUACUUCAGGUUAUGCAUCUUUCGAUUAUGAGGAAGCAGACUAUCAGGUCUCCGAUUUAGUGAAACUCGAUAUUUUAUUAAACGGACAAUCAGUUGAUGCUAUGGCAACUAUAGUUCAUAGACUGAAGGCACCGCGUGUAGGUCGUGAACUCGUCGAGAAGCUAAAGAAAUUCAUCGACAGGCAAAUGUUUGAGAUAACCAUACAAGCUGCUAUCGGAUCAAAGAUCAUUGCCAGGGAAACGGUAUCGGCUAUGAGGAAGAACGUUCUUGCGAAAUGUUACGGAGGCGAUAUUACGAGGAAGAAGAAAUUGUUGGAAAAGCAAAAAGAAGGAAAGAAGCGAAUGAAACGCGUUGGCUCGGUGGAUAUUCCCCAGGAGGCUUUUCAUGAGCUACUAAAGGGUUCAUGAAAUUCAAUUUGUUAUAACUUCACAUUUUUAUUAACUGAGUUUUUUAAAAUCUUUUAUUGUUAUUAUUUGCUAAGAAAGGCAUUAAAAUUUUGAAUAAUGUAUAUUUGAAAGUCUACAUAAAGAUAGAUUUACAAACAAUACGCAAUUAAAUCGAGGUCGUCUUCAAUUUC